AUUUACAAUGCUUCUGCUUGUCUUGUCAAAAAAAAUACAAUGCUUGUCGUGAAAAACAACAUACUCCAUUAUCACUCCACCGCCCCACCGGGCACCGACAUUCUGGCCAACUUAUGUCUUCUGGUCAAACAGUAGCGCCGGUGAUCGGUGGACUAAUUCCGGCGAAAUGUGAGUACCUCACAUUUUCAUUUGGAGUUUGACCUGCAUACGACAGCUUCAAGAACUUUCUACAGUCUGCUGCCGAAUAUAUAGGUUUGACCUGCAUACAACAGCUUCAAGAACUUUCUACAGUCUGCUGCCGAAUAUAUAGGUUUGUAUGAUGAGAAUACUUGGUUUCACACAUGUGUAGGUAGAGAGUCUAAGUGACAGCUGCACCGGAUGAUUACAAGACCAUUUAAAAUCAGAUAAGUACUCCGUAUUAUUUUAAUUUUUUUUUUUUUGGUAUUUUGGAAAGCAUGACUUUGGAUGAUUAUAAUAGCUCUUAGAUAUUAAAGGGCUCCAAAUUGCAAUAGUAAACAAAAUACCAGUAGCACAAAAUCUCAGACAGCACUGAUGGAAAUCCUGUUUGAGUUUUUUGCAUUUUGAGUUUGGACUGGUGGACUUGGUGGUAAUGCAUGUUUUUAUCAGUAGGUUAUGCUCUUGUAUGAUGUCAGUCAUCAUCUGUAUUUUAAUAAAUUUAUAAUCUUCUUAAUUCUCUUUCAAGUAGUAUUUUGCUCUCAUAUCCUUAUCCGUCUUUCGGCCGACCCCACUUAUGGGAUUAAGGCUUUGAUUAAUUGAUUGAUCCUUAUCCCUCUUUCUCAUACCACCCUCAUGUAUGAAGCCUUGUUUUGUCGACCUUAGUUUCACUUAUUUCAAAUUUUUGAUAAGGCUUAUGAGGUUUACAUAAGUUCAAUUUGCAACUAAAAUAGGUUCUCAAUUAGAGGUUAGAUAAGUUCACAUAACGGUGUGUUUGGAUUGAAAGAAAUGAAGAAAAAGGAAGGGAAGGGAAAUAGAGAGAUAGAGUAUCUUUCAUUUGGAUAACAAAUGAAGAAGGAAGGGAAUUGGAGGGGAGAAAAAAAAGGAGGAAUUAAAUUGUGGGAAAUUGAUCCCUCCAAAGAAAUUUGGAAGGAAAACAUACCAUUUUUCCCUCUCCUCUUCUCUUGCCUCCCCUUCUUUUCCUUCCCCUUUCUUUAUCCAAACACACUGUAAGUUUAAAUAAGUUCAAGUGAAUAGAAUGUAACCUUGUUCUUCUUUUUCAAUAGGGGAAGGAAAAUGAAUUCUUCCAAUUCCUUCCCCUUCCCUUCUUGCAUUGGAUAUACAAACAAAAGAUGAUGCAUCCUUCCUUUUCUCUUCUCUUCCUUUCCUUUCAUUUCUCUCUUUCCAAACUUUGUGUAAAUUAGGCUAAUGAAGUUGCUAGCCAAUUCACAACUAGUUAGAGCUUUCUACCUUUUUUAAUUUUAAUUUAUAUUUUAUACAUGUAUAAUAGAUAUUAGUUUUCUCAAGACAAUAAAAGCACAAGAAAAUGUCCAAUGCCAAUUAUUAUUAGAGGGAAUUGAAAAUUUCUAAUAAAAGUUUAGCACCUAGUCAAUAAAUCACUUGAUUAAUUAUUCUAGCUCAGAACAGUCGCUUUUAAGGAAAUUUAAACCCGUUGUCCUGUACUCUUUAAUGUACUGUAACUCAGAACAUACAAACAACAGAAAAUAAAUCAACAUCAGCUACAUCUUGAUUACAUUCAAGAAAACACAUAACAAAUGAAGCUAUUAUUUUUCAACUACGGAAGUACUUUUGUGUUGUAAGGUUGUGUAUCUGUCCAAUUUCUCUCAAAUGGCUGUUGAAGAAUCAUAUAAUGAUCAUCUAAGGACCAAGAGUAAACAAAAGAAGUGUCUCAACUUGCAGACAUAGAUACUAUUACAAUUUAACAUCAAGGCCAGGCUUGUUCUAUAGCAUAUAAAAAUAUUUUAGUAGACUAAAUCAAAAGGCGAGUGUUUCUUCAUAGCACCUAGUCAGAGAUAUUAAACUAUACAUGUAACUGCAUGAUCUUCUCUAGAUGUGGCUUAAUGUGAUGACCGUCACAUUAUUAUUCCCUCAGUUCAGAUUAUUCUUUGGAAGACUAGAUAAUUAGUGGGUGUUUAUUAGGCUUUCUUAUACAUUAUAAAAUUUUAGUCAAGUUGAUGUUAAAUUUUUUGAAAUACUCUAUUUUUGUAAAUUAAUAGUAUUACAAAUGUACUUCUAUGAGUUCUAUUCAAAUUGAAACUAAUAUAAGGUUGAACUGUUCUACAUUAACCAUUGGUACUAUCUUGCAGGCUAUAUAUGUUAAAAUACGUAUUAUGUUAGUAAAUGAAUAAAGUACUAAUUGUUUGGUCUUUGCAAGCUAGCCUUCAUGUUAUUGAUCACUUUCCUACUGUAGAUUUUAGGCUGUCUAGCCCUUUUCUUCGUCUUCAUGGGAAGGUUUAUGUUUACUUUCACCUUACUAAUAUUGAUUUGCUUUGGCCUACUCUAUGGAGGUGACGCCGAGGUAACCUACGUUAACAUUACUGGCUGUGCACCUGCAAAAGGUAAUUAUACCGAUGGCAGCUUCUACCAACAAAAUCUCAAUCGUCUUUUCACCGAUCUCUCAUCUCAUACCUCCUCCCAGAAGUUCUAUGAUUCAACUGUUGGCAGUAUCCCCAACAAAGUUUACGGCUUGUACCAAUGUCGUGAGGAUGUUAGCUUCAAUAUCUGCAGUGAAUGCAUCCAAGCAGCAACCCAAAAGAUAGUGGAAGUCUGCCCUUUGAUGGUAGAGGCAACGGUUUGGUAUUAUGAAUGUAUGUUGAGAUAUGCAAACAGGUCUAUUUUCUCCUCAUAUGAAACAUAUCCAGCGGCUUACCUUUGGAGCUUUAAAUUCAAUGUUUCAAACUAUGGUGCAUUUGCUCCAGUGCUUGCAAGAGAAUUUAACAGCUUAAUAAGACAAGCAGUAAUCGGUACAUCAUCCGGACGUUUUGCUACCGGAGAUGCCAAAUGGGCAACUUUUGAACGAGUUUACUGCCUCGUUCAAUGCACCCCUGAUAUAGAUGACUUUGGGUGUAACAGCUGCUUGACAAGUGCUUUAAGCGACAUGGCAGGCUGUUGUAAUGCAAGUGCGAGGGUGUUUAUCUUCAAGCCAAGCUGCCACUUGAGAUAUGAUACCACAGAAAAAUUCUAUUUUGACAUAAACCAUGAAUUACCAGCUCCUCCACCAUCAAAUGUGACUACAGGAGAAACCUCUAAUGAACCUCCUGAAGCAACCACUGGAUUGAAGCGGCCAAUAAUUGUCGCGAUAGCUGUUGGGGCAUCCGUUGGAUUUUUGCUGCUUCUUGUUGGUCUAUGGUUGUGUAUGCGGCCAAGUAUGAGAAGAAAAGAAUCUACGCCAACUCUUACACAAGCUCCACCACCUCAACAACUAGAUAAUGUUAGAGGCGAAGAAGGUGAUAGUCUGGGUGAUACAGAGUUUGUGCAAUAUGAUUUUGCUACUUUGAAGGAUGCAACAAGUAACUUCUCAAGUGAUAACAAGCUAGGAGAAGGCGGCUUUGGUGCUGUUUAUAUGGGGACCCUGAAUAGUGGACAAGUAUUAGCUAUAAAGAGGCUCUCUGGCAACUCGGGACAAGGUGCUAAGGAGUUCAUGACCGAGGCUCGUCUUGUGGCCAAGCUUCAGCACAGGAAUCUCGUCAAGCUGUUGGGAUUCUGUUCUCAAGGAGAUGAAAAACUACUUGUUUAUGAGUUCUUGCCUAAUUCAAGUGUUGAUCGGUUCUUAUUUGAUCCAAGAAAACGAGGAACACUAGAUUGGGAAACACGGUACAAAAUCAUAAUGGGGGUAGCAAGAGGACUUCAGUAUCUUCAUGAAGACUCCCGCCUUACAAUUAUACAUCGUGAUCUUAAACCCAACAACAUUUUAUUAGAUAAGGACAUGAAUCCCAAAAUAGGUGAUUUUGGCAUGGCAAAGCUUUUUGGAAGGGAACAAAAGUUUGGAAAUACCAGCCAAAUUGUCGGAACACAUGGAUACAUGGCACCAGAGUACAUGUUAACAGGGGAGUAUUCUGAUAAAUCUGAUGUUUAUAGUUUCGGCAUCAUAAUUCUAGAGCUCAUCAGCGGUCUGAAGAACAGAUUACAUUACCAGUCUUCACACAUGGAAGAUAUUCCAGUUCUUGCAUGGAGACUGUGGAAUGCAGGGCGAUCUUUGGAACUAUUAGAUUCAACAUUAUUGCAUGACAAUUAUACAAGAAAUGAAGUAUUGAAGUGCAUCCAAAUUGGGUUGUUAUGUGUUCAAGGAAGUGCGGUACGACGACCUACAAUGGCAGCAGUAGUUUUAAUGCUUAAUGGUUCUGUCACCCUACCAUUACCCUCAACACCUAUAAUCUCUCCCCAUCAGUUUAAUGAUGGACAGCAAACUGAUUCAACUGCGGCUGAUCAAUCCAUGUCCAAGUCUGUAACCUGGGAUGCAGAAGUCGAGCGGGAUUUAUACCCGAGAUAGACAUGGGGGUUGCACCAUUUGAAUACUUUAGUUUGAAGACACAAAAGGUAUCAUACUUUGAUGAAUGCUGUAGUACAUGUGAUAUAAUUUGAUUUGGCUCUCUCACUAUCUGUUGUAUGAUAUCUUGAGUUGUGUUUAUGAUCAAAAAAUUUUCUGAACAUUCCUUGAAUUCUAAUUGAACAAAAGCGUGGCAGUGUGAGUUAUUGUUUUGUGUUACUACUACUAAAAUUGUAUACACAUGUACGUAAAUUUAAACUGUCGUCGCUUUUUACGGUGUUGUAGUAUGGAGUAUAUAAUUAAAGGUAUUAAUGGUUAAAACAUAUAUUGAAACUGUA